AUGAGUGCCGGCGGCGGUGGCGGUGGUAGUAGCAGCAGUAAUUAUGCCGGUGGAAGGCGACGUGCGCUCAGUCGACAGAGUGCCGAAGAGGAGGUGCUGGACCGUAUAUCACGCGAUGCCGAAGAACGCAUGACCCGUAAAAGACAGGCACGUGAGGAGGCACGACAGAUACGCCUGGAGCAACUUGAGAAGCAGUGCCGAGAAGUAUCAUUUUUAUUAUUUCUUACUUUUCUUUUUCCCUUGUAG